AAUUAUGAGUUUUGAGUGAUUUCUAUGUCAAGUCUCAAAAAGUUUGUAAAUAAAUUCUCAGUCACGAUAUAUUUUUCAAAUAACGCAACAACGCUCGGCUUAUUUUUUUAAAUUUGUAUUUAAUUCAUCUAUUUUCUGUUGUGCGAUUAUUAUUACCAUCUCAUUUUCAGCCCAGAGAAAUGUCAUGUAUGUAACUUUUUUUUAAAAUCUUUGACAGCUUUAUUUUCACAAACUAAAUCACACUGAGAUUAAGGACCUUUGUUCGGAGGGAGACUUAAAAUAUUUGUUAAAGAAAAUUAGGAAGAUAUCACAACACUGGGAUUAAAUGUGGAGAUGCCAGAAAAAAACAACUUCUAAAUUACAUUUCUGCAUCUGUAUUCUGAUGUGUUUGCCUUGAAAGUAACUAUAAUGUGUUAAAGUAUGGGAUGGAUGGUGUUAAUUGAAGAGUCAAUCUGAUUGGCUGGUGCAGUGAGGGGGGGAGGGGCCUGUGGCUGUUCCUCCAGUGAGUAAAUCAUGGUUGACAGUGAGGCAGCAGCAGCAGCGAUGGCUCACAGCUUCACUCAGGAGUAUUUUCAGAUCCCCGUGGUGACCCGAGCGUACACGACCGCCUGCGUCCUCACCACCGCUGCCGUGCAACUUGAGGUCAUCACCCCCUUUCAGCUCUACUUUAACCCAGACCUCAUCAUCAGAAGAUACCAGAUAUGGCGCCUGAUAACCAGCUUCCUCUUCUUUGGUUCUCUUGGAUUCAGUUUCGUGUUCAACAUCAUCUUUCUUUAUCGAUACUGUCGGAUGCUGGAGGAAGGCAGUUUCCGGGGAAGGACGGCAGAUUUUGUUUUCAUGUUCCUGUUUGGAGGAAUAGUGAUGACUCUGUUCGGUCUGUUCGCCAACGUCUUCUUCCUGGGUCAGGCCUUCAUCAUCAUGCUGGUGUACGUGUGGAGUAGAAGACACCCGCUCGUACGCAUGAACUUCUUCGGCCUCCUGAACUUCCAGGCGCCGUUUCUCCCCUGGGUGCUCAUGGGAUUUUCGCUGCUGCUCGGAAACUCCAUCGUGGUCGACCUGCUAGGUAUCAGUGUCGGCCACAUGUACUACUUCCUGGAAGACGUGUUUCCAAACCAGCCGGGAGGAAGGAAGCUGCUGACGACACCAGAACUUCUGCGAGCCAUGUUUGACCGGCAGGAGGACCCAGGCUACAGUCCCCUCCGAGAGGAGCAGCGGGACGAGGAGCCGCACGACUAACAGCACCAAGACCCCCGAAAUCAGGAGAAACCAGCUGGCAGAAACACCAUCGGACAGUGGAUGUGGAUUUGUGGAGCCCCGAGUCCUUGCAGAGGACAGUUAAGAUGUUUAAGGACUGAACUGAAAGAUUUUUAUUUUGCCAAAGCAUUUCGGAGUUUAAUGGCACGUUCACACAAAGUUUAUUUUAACUACUGAGCGUUAAUUUGUCUUAAUGAGAACAGCAGCACAGAGAUGGCAGAAAAAAACAAGUCUCAGUUCUCUAACAAGAAGACUGAGCUCCAGUUUCUGUAGGACAGAAAAUAUAAUUUAAACAAGCAAUGAGCAAUAACCCCAAAAUGCAAAGGAUUACAGGUAGAAGGAAGACAAAGCAGAACAAACUUAAAAAGGUACCCUGUGGAGUAUUUGACCACUACUCAACAGAGCGAUGGUUUGAUGAGUGGGUCCUCGUUUUGUUCGGAUCGCGCACAAGCAUGCGUAGUAUGCCGAGAAACUCAGCAAAGCGCCAACAAAAGGAAGCGAAGAAGACUGCUAGCAAGUAAACAUGGAUGUAAACAAUACUGGAUUCAAAAAAAUCACCUCUGCAAAUGUUUUAUGAUGAAGGAAAAGCACUUAACACAUUUGAUAGAUCUCCAGGAUACACACAGUGAGCGUUGGUGAGUAACACUGACUCUGAACAGAAACUUUGUUUACAAGGAAACUCCACAGGGCACCUUCAAGGUCCACUUACUAGCUUUUUUUUUUUUUUUUUUUAGCUUUCAACCAUAUCUCACAGGCUUUAUUAGGGGUCAUCACGUGACCUAAGACUAAGAAUGACCCCUCUUAAACGAAUGGUGAUCGUUUAAGAGGGGAAAUUGUAACCCCCGUUUCCGAAGACUAAGUGGACCUUCGAGUUAAGGUUAUUCUGUCACACGUUCUGUUUAAGGUCAGAAAUUAAGUUAACGGCAAGUAGAGAGACACUGUCCAACAACAAGCUCCAACUGCUUCACUUGGCCUCUGUUUACAAAGUUAUUCACAUAAACAAAUGUAUAGAUUAAUAAUAAAUAUUUCACAGAUGCUUUGGCAAUGUUAACAUCUGUUUCCCAGGCCAAUAAAGCCCAAUUGAAUUGAAUAUAAACAUUGUAACUGCGUAAAAGAAGUAGGAACAGUUAGUUUAAAAUUGCCGACAUCUUAAACUUUCAUUUCUGACCCCAGCAUCGCCUUCCCAGUGCUAACACGACCAGUUGUGUAAACUUGGUGUUUGUACGUUGCUUAGGAAGAGCUGAAAGGAGCGGGACUAACCCACAACUCCCUUCCCUGCUGUUGUGUCACUGCUGCAGGUUCACAGAACUGCCGACGGCCUGAAAUCCCAUCAGCCCCGUCUGCACACUCUGCACUUUCACCCACUGCCUUUGUGGGUCAAACACUGGGGACAAAAUGGAAAUUGCUUAGCACAACAACACGCAAACAAGUCUCUGUGGGACCCCAACAACAAAACACGUACUUCAUCAUCCCUUAUAACACAGCACUGCUGAGAAAGAUUAGUCACAACUGGGGUUAGACUGAUGUGGGUGUGAAGGUCAACAUCAAGAAACCAAUUCUUUGUUUUCAGAGACUCAACAAGUUUUUUGUUUUUUCUUUUCAGGGUGGAAAAGUGUCUAAAGGAACAUUUACAUUAAGUGUGUGAUCAUUAUGGGACAGAGAAAUUCGGAGAAUUAAGAAUUAAUUCUCAAAAACCUAAAACUAAGGCUAACGAUUUAAGACAAAUGUGUAAUUGCAAUUUUGCUGACCCAUAUUUCGAGUGAAACUGUGAGAAAGUUCUACAAAUUAAACUACAGCCUUUUAUUUGUUAAACAAGGUUGCGCCAAACAAACUUACAAACGCAUUUAAUCUGACAGAAUAACGCAGGUGCUCGUUUCUGCGACCCUUUUUUAAACCUGCCAGUUAGAGAAAAGUCAACUUCAAAGUAAACUUGCCGUUUUAUACAGAAAAAUUGACCAAUUUAAAUCACAUUAAGAUAUUACAUUGCAUGUUCGGCAACUCUGUUCACCAUGUUGUCAUUUACACUCGACAACUACCGAGCUUCCUGUCUGAAACUGUUGCGAGCGAUCAUCUACGAGUCUACAGCCACGCCAGCGGUGCCUUUUAGCUAAAAGCUAACAUUGGCAUGCUAACAUGCUGAUGUUAAGCAGGUAUAAUGCUUACCAUGUUCAUCAUCUUAGUUUAGCCUGUUAGCAUGCUAAUAUUUGCUAAUUAGCGCAGAACUCGAAGAAGAAAAGUCAGAGAUCACCAAAUAUUAUUAAAUUAUAUUAUUAAAAUGUAUCCUGAGGGGAACAUGAGCGCCAAAUUUCAUUGCAAUCCAUUUAAGAGUUGUUUCUAUCCAUUUCAUGCAAACUCCAUGUUCAACAAUAAUAUCAGUAAACUCCAACAUCGGUCUAACCCUUAUGGAAGAAAUACUUCAGUCAAUAAUGUUUUUAAAUGAUGCACAAUAUAACCAGACGGCAAAUCAAGCUCUUUCACUUUUUUUAUUUUUAUUUUGUAAGAAUUAUUAAAAUGUACAAAAAGACAACAAAUACAACAUAACAAUAUAUUAUCUGAGAAUGGCUGUGUGGUUUUUUUCUCCCUCUGUGGUCAGGUAAAGAGAGUCAGUGGUCAAAAGUGAGAGAGCAGCUUCUCCACGCUGAGGGUCGUACGGGAAACACGAGGGACAUUUUCUACAGGGGGCCUUUGCCAAACAGAACAUAAUAUUAACA